UCUCUGCUACAGACAGGAAGAUGAAGGACCCUCAGCUACCAGGUUAUAUAUAUCAGAAGGCAUGUCCGAAGCGAUAUGAGGGGAUAAAAAACAAAACCCAAACUCUGAUCAAACCCACCAGACCUCCACUUCUGGGAUCCAGAGCACCAGCAAUAACAGCAGAGCAACAAAUUAACCAAACAGCAUUUGAGAGGGUUGUGUAUGACAUGUCCCACAAUGAAUCCAUCAUCAGUGACAUAAUUCUGGGUAAAAGGAUAGCCUUCUACGAACUCAGAGGGGAAAUUGGUACUGGCAAUUUCUCACAAGUCAGACUUGGUGUUCAUGCCUUAACUAAAGAGCGUGUUGCAGUCAAGAUCCUUAAUAAAAGGCGCUUGGAUAAGAAGACACAAACGUUAUUUGCUUCUGAAAUAUCUUGUUUGCAAAGACUGUCCCAUCCAAACAUUGUGCGUCUUUAUGAGGUAGUUGAAACAAGUAAGCACCUGUACUUGGUUAUGGAGUAUGGCAGCGGAGGAGACCUCUUUUCACGCAUCAGCACAAGGGGACGCCUGUCCGACUUGGAAAGCAAGCUCAUCUUUGCGCAAAUCAUUUCAGCUGUUAAAUACAUGCAUGAAAGCAAUAUAGUUCAUCGUGACCUAAAGGCUGAAAACAUUUUCUACACGACCAGCUACUGCAUCAAGAUAGGUGAUUUUGGUUUCAGCACUGUGAGUGGUCCAAAUGACGUCCUGACCACAUUUUGUGGCUCUCCUCCUUACGUGGCACCAGAGCUGUUUAAGGAGAAAGGCUACGUAGGCCGUUAUGUAGACAUCUGGGCACUGGGUGUUUUGCUGUACUUCAUGGUGACUGCUACCAUGCCGUUCAAUGCUGAAAACCUGGGCCGUCUAAAACGCUGUAUCUUGCAGGGCAUCUACACCAUCCCUCAGUACGUGUCUGUGCCUUGCCAGCAGACCAUUCAAGGCAUGCUAAGGCCUGUUCCUCCAGACCGCAGCAGCAUUUCCCAGAUCAUGACCUGUCCCUGGAUGAGUGGCAUUGACUACCCCAAGCCUUUUCCCUGCCUAAGCCUGACACCCAGUCACCUGAUGGAUCCCUCCCAGGGCCUGUGUGCAGAAGAGGAGGAGAUCAAGAUUGCACUGAAUGACCUGGGAAUUAACAGCAUGCACCUUCAGAAUAACACCUGUGAAGACUUGUGCAGUCCCAUUACAGGAACAUAUCGUAUUUUGCUGCAUGGCAUUCAAAAAAGAAGGAUGGUGGAGUCUGUGGGAUAUACAGCACUGCACCCUGAAGAUUUAUGUGACAGGAAGGAAUGGAACAGCAAAUAUGAGAAAUCCACUGUCUGUACUGUGCUGUAAUGAAUCGUUGCUCCAAAUAAAAGUUUCUCCUUUACAGCAUCAGAAGGAUUCAUUUCCUUCCACAUAGACCACUCAAGUGCUCAUUCAGUCCCUUGUCAUUUCAAGACUGGACUACUACAUCUCAGUCCUGGCAGGUCUACCUCUGAGCGCCACUCAACAACUGACUGAUGCAACAGAUCCAUACUUCGGCUGUGUGAAUUGUUUUCAACCUAUGUUCUUCCACACCACUCCGUUGCUACACUCCUUUUUUUGGCCUCCUGCUGCUGCCUGAAUCAGUUUUUAAAACACUAAUGAUUGCGUACAAAGGCAAAAACUGUCCUUCUCUGUUCUGGCACCUGGGUGAUAGAAUGAACUUUCCCUAGAUGUUCAAACAGCUGAGUGACUAGCUGUUUUCAAACAACUUCUAAAGACCUACCUAAGGAACUACGUAGUAGCUACAUCCUGUAGUACUUAAUUUAGGAUUUUAUUUUUUUUGGUUUUUAUUUUUAAAAGAUGAUGGUGAUUUACAUAUUUAUUGAUAGACUUCAAGCCCUCGUAUAGGUUACACUGGAUAAGGACAUCUGCCAAAUGCUAUAUAUGUAAAUGUAGUGAUGAAACAUGAUCUAACUUGUAUCAGAGUUUUCAAAUCAAGGCUCGACCAAGUUACUUUCCACCACAAGAAAUUUUCACCAGAUGAACUUCACUGGUUGCAAAGCCUGGAAACAUUAUAAAGAUACAGAUUACACUGCUUAAAGUGAAUACUAGAGACUUAGAGCGAUUGAAUGACGCAAAGUGUUAAUCACCAUAAUUGUCCUUCAGUGCAAAUUAGUAUCUGUUUUACAGCAUCAGCUGCUGUGUCCCUCUUGUCAUUUUGAUCAGUUGGAUACAGAAGAAUGACCUUAUAAUAGAAAAUGUUUUGUACAAUUGACAUUGUAUUGAAAUUUCUAUAAACAUCAAAAAUAUUUUAUCUUGAUCUAGA